AUGGCUAAAGAUAAUUUAACUAAUUUGCUCUCUCAAUUGAACAUUCAAUUGUCUCAAGACGAGCAUUCGCAGGUCGAACAGACUUGCGUGAAACUAUUGGAUUCUGGAUGUGAGAAUCCAGCGGAUGUAUUUAGACGUUGCUUAGUAGCUGUUAUCCAACAGGACAAGUAUCAAAAGGCUUUACAUUAUUUAAAAAAAUUCAAACAUAUAGAUGACAAGUACGGUCGCAAAUUUGCGCUAGAAAAAUUGUACAUUUUCUAUAAAUUGAAUAUGCCAGAUGAAUUCAACACAUUGUACACAGCAAUUAUCACAGAUGAUCUCGAUACGGUACUAAAAAAGGAUAUCGAGUCACUUAGAGGUAUCCUACAUGUGAGAGCUCAAUAUUGUUAUAAAAAUGGGCUGUACCAAGAAGCUUUUAAAAUAUAUCAACAUUUAGCAAGUCACAAUGAGAAGGAUCAGGAUAGUCAAAUUGAACUCUCUUGUAACGAAAGGGUUCCGCUAUCCGUUGCGACAGAGUUAAUGAACAGAUCACCCUUAGUUACUCCUAUGGAUGAAUCUUCCUACGAUUUAUUAUUCAAUGAAUCAUUCAUCAUGGCAUCCGUAGGUAAAUAUGACAAGGCUAUCGAACUAUUAGAAAAAGCGCUUCAAGGAGCCACGAAUGAAGGCUAUCAAAACGAUAUUAAUACUAUUAAAUUGCAAUUAUCAUUUGUUUUGCAAAUGGUGGGGAAAACUGCACAAAGUAAAGAAAUCUUAAAGGGCUUAUUGCAGGAACUGAAAGCCGAUUCUCCAUUCUCUUUAAUUUGUCAAAAUAACCUAAAUGCGUUUGUUGAUUUCUCUAAAUACAAUACAAACUUCAAUUUACUGUUAAGGGAAUUAAACGUAGAAAAACUAAACACUUUUAAUUUACAAACCUUCACCCAUGAACAAUGGUCAAACAUUCAACGCAAUGUACUUUUCCUGCGUUUGUUCAACAAUGUCAAAAUUCACUCUCAAGAGUCCCUUUUAUCAAGAACGUUCGAUAAAUACUCUAAGUUAGUUGACAAUGUUACUUUGGAAAGCUACAAGACGCAGGCCAAGAAACUUUACCACCACACUACAAAAACCAUUUUAAGUGGAACAGAUGGAAGUACGAUUGGAAUAUUACUACUGACUAUCCAAUUGCUAAUAAUAGAGAAGGAAUGGGAAAAUGCUAUCAGAAUAGGAGAAUUAUUUUUAAAUGAAAGCUGGAAAUCGUCCUUUGAAAAAUUCAACGAUUCACAAGCCAUCGUGUGUUACAUUUUAUUUGAAUUAUACAAGAUUAAGGGAAGAAACAACUCCAAAAGUGUUCUGCUUAAAAAAUUAGGCUCCGUGAGAGUCCAAUUGAGCGGAAAAAUCCAAGAAAACAUACCAUUUUGGAAACACGUCGGGUUUGAAUUAUUGUCCAUGGGUAAUGCUAAAGAAUCGAAGGCUUUACUCAGAGAGAUUUCAAACUUUAGUAAAGGCGAUGCAGAUGUCCUUGUUGACAGAGUUGUUUCGUCAGAUUCUUUGGAUAUAGCACAAGGUAUAGAUCUAGUGAGAGAUAUUGAUAUUGAUAAAUUAAUUCAACUUGGUGUGAAACCCUUAGAAUCGUCAGCAAAGAGAAGUAAAAACACCGCAGUUAGCAAAGUUCAAAAGAGAAAAGUUUUAGAGCUAAAGAAGAAAAGAAAGAUUAAACGCCUCGAAAAAUUUUUACAAGGUCGCGACACCUCCAAAUUACCUGAUCCUGAAAGGUGGCUGCCAUUAAGAGACAGGUCUACUUAUAGGCCAAAGAAAAAACAACAAGGUGCAAAACAAACUCAAGGUGGUGCUAUGAACAAAAAAUCAGAACAGGCCCUUGACAUAUCAAAGAAAGGGAAGCCCACUGUUAAUAAAAAGCCUAAGAACAAGAAGAAGGGCCGUAAAUAG